AUGCACGUGGACGUGGACGUGGACGUGGACGUGGACGCGGACGCGGACGUGGACGCGGACGUGGACGUGGACGUGGACGUGGACGUGGACGUGGACGUGGACCUGACGUGGACGUGGACGUGGACGUGGACAUGGACGGGGACGGAACGUGGACAUGGACGUGGACGUGACGUGGACGUGGACGUGGACGUGGACAUGCACGUGGACGUGGACGUGGACGUGGACGUGGACGCGGACGCGGACGUGGACGCGGACGUGGACGCGGACAUGGACGUGGACGUGGACAUGGACGUGGAUGUGGACGUAAGGGUCGGUCAGUCGGUCAGUAUGGGAACUUCGAGUGCAAAUGACAUGGACGUGGUCGUGGACGUGGACGUGGACAUGGACAUGGACAUGGACGUGGACAUGGACGUAGACGUGGACAUGGACGUGGACGUGGACAUGGACGUGGACAUGGACGUAGACGUGGACCUGGACGUGGACGUGGACGUGGACGUGGACGUGGACGUGGACGUGGACGUGGUCGUGGACGUGGACGUGGACGGGGACAUGGACAUGGACGGGGACGUGGACGUGGACGUGGACGUGGACGCGGACGUGGACGCGGACCUGGACGUGGACGCGGACGUGGACGUGGACGUGGACCUGGACGCGGACGUGGACGUGGACAUGGACGUAGACGUGGACGUGGACGUGGACGCGGACGUGGAUGUGGACGUGGUCGUGGACGCGGACGUGGUCGUGGACGCGGACGUGGACAUGGACGACUUGGACGUGGACAUGGACGUGGACGUGGACGUGGACAUGGACGUGGACGUGGACAUGGACGUGGACGUGGACGUGGACAUGGACGUGGACGUGGACAUGGACGUGGACGUGGACGUCGACGUGGACACGGACGUGGACGUGGACGUGGACAUGGAAGUGGACGUGGACGUGGACGUGGAGGUGGACCUGGACCUGGACGUGGACGUGGACGUGGACGUGGACGUGGACGUGGAGGUGGACGUGGACGUGGAGGUGGACGUGGACGUGGACGUGGACGUGGACGUGGACGUGGUCGUGGACGUGGACGUGGACGUGGACGUGGUCGUGGACGUGGUCGUGGACGUGGACAUGGACGUGGACGUGGACGUGGACAUGGACGUGGACGUGGACAUGGUCGUGGACAUGGACGUGGACGUGGACGUGGACGUGGACGUGGCGAUGGACGUGGACGUGAACGUAGACGUGGACGUGGACGUGGACGUGGACAUGGACCUGGACGUGGACGUGGACGUGGACAUAGACGUGGAGGUGGACGUGACGUGGACGUGGACGUGGACGUGGACGUGGACGUGA